AUGGAUUGUGAAUUAUUUAAUAGAAUUCUUAAAUCAUCUAUGAUUAUUAUAAUUACAACAUGGUUUGCCUAUAAAUUGUCUAUUUCACAAUAUCAACGGUUAAUGUAUGGUUUAAUUGAAAAAGAUAGAUCAGUAUUAAUUAUCUCAAAAAAAGGUUUACUUAAUGUUAAUUAUACCAUAUGGAAAGAUAAAAAAAUAAUGUACCUCUCAAGUGACAUUAUCAUUGAUGAUAUAUUUAAAAUGGCUUUUAUCAAUUCAUCAAUAAAAAAACCAAUAAUAAUUUCACAAAAAGAUAUAACAGAUGGAGGAAUAGAUAAUAUAAAUGAAUGGAAGAUUUAUAUGGUAAAACAACAUCCAAUAAAUCGUUUUUUAGAUUUAUAUAUGCGUUAUUGUCAAAAAUUAAAUAAAAUUAAUGAAAUGAAAUGUUUAAGAUGUUUUUCUGAUUUAGAUUGUAUUGUAACAGAAUUAUAUAAAGAGAUUGAUAAAAAAAGUAAAGGAAUUAUUGGAAAAAUUAACUAUGAAGAAAUUUUUUAUCCAUACAUUUGGAAGUUUCCUUUUAUUGAACAAAAUAAUAUAAUAUUUAACAUAGAAAAUAAUAAUGAUUUUAAAGUUAAAAUUGGUAAAGAAUUAAUUUUUUUUAAUGCAUCAAAUAUUAUUAUUAAAAAGUCAUUUGACAUUAUUAAUAAGUUUACUCAAUUAUAUUCAACCAGAAAAAAUAUUAAUAAAAAGAGGAAGUUAAUUGAAAAAAGUUUAGAGUAUAACAAAUUAUUACUAAAUAAAUUUAUUUCUAUGUAUUAUUGUGAUUUCAAAUAUUUUGGUUUUGAUGUGCUAAUAUUUUGA